GCACGAUUGGCAGCCGUAAACUCAAACCGUUUAGCCUGUGUUAGUGGCCUGUGGUUAGUGCGGUGCCUGGGUCUACCUGGGAGGUUUUACUCAGGGAAAAAAAACGUUGGUAAAUUCUCAGUUUCCGGAAGAUCAUUGUAGCCUUCCUAAAAGAAAGAAAAUGGAAUCCUGAAAUCGCACUUAGCUUAACAGUCAAGCGUUUUUGAGAGAGUAUUAGAAGAUCAACUGGGCAGUACGGUGACAUUGCUACUAACAUCAGUGAACAGUAACUGGAUCUUGCUGAAGAUCGGAGAUUAUCCCUCAGCCUCCCUUCCUUCUGAAUCAAUGGAAGGGUCAGACAGUCUAGAGCAGAGUGGCAGUGACCAGCCAGAGUCACAGCGCAGAAGGCAGCUGGACCGCCUGGACAGGGAGGAGGCCUUCUACCAGUUUGUCAACAAUCUCAGUGAUGAGGACUAUCGUCUCAUGAGAGACAACAAUCUCUUGGGUACCCCAGGAGAGGUAACCGAGGAUGAACUGUUUAAUAGACUUCAGCAAAUCAAAGAUGGUCCAGAACAGCAGAAUAACACCCCGAGUACAGAAAUCGGAGAAGAUCCAGCUGUUCCACCAGAAAGCUCUGAAGAUCCUGCUAGUGGGGAUAGUCUCCUGGACUGGCUGAACACAGUAAGGCGCACAGGCAACACAACCAGAACUGGUCAUCGUGGAAACCAGUCAUGGCGGGCAGUGAGCCAGACCAACCCAAACAGUGGCGAUUUUCGCUUCAGCCUUGAAAUCAGCGUGAACCGUAACCUGGCUGAACAGCAGGCAGCUGCUGAAGGGGAGCAAGAGUCUCCAGAGAGUCAAGAUGUGGUGGCAAGUGCUGAACCACCGGUCCCCAUGGAGUCAGAAGUGGUGGAAGAACCAGUUGUAGAGGAGUUGGCUGUUAUAGUGGAACCAGAGCCUGAACUAGAAGAGGUUGUUUCACAAGAGAUUUUAGAAGAACCUCCCAGCCCACCUCCUGCCCCACCAGUACAACCCCCACUUUCUCCACGCAGAGGACAAAGGAGAGCCCGGAGCCGCAGUCCAGAACCACGCAGGACCAGGGCCCGUACAGCGAGGAGCCGCUCUCCUCUCAGCUUGGAUCAGCUGGAUGGUCUCGCUAAUCCACGUCAGGCUCACAGCUCUCAAGGCCCCAAUUCUGCCACCAGUGCUCCCCCUGUGCCUCAGGUGGAGGGCAGUUCACGAACUCGACAACAUGUUCUUUCCAGGCAAAGCACUGCUGACAGUGAUGUACAGCCACCUAGGGCUGGUGCAGAGUCGGCCCCAGAGGCCCAAAAUGUUGAAUCUCAGGAAGGAGAAGGGGGUGGAGAAGGAGGUGCAGCAGGGCGCCGGCCUCCUACUAUUAUGCUUGAUCUCCAGGUGCGUCGCGUGCGUCCGGGUGAAUAUCGGCAAAGGGACAGCAUUGCCAGUCGUACCCGCUCGCGCUCCCAGAACUCAAACAACACAUUUCUUUAUGAGAGUGAACGCGGUGGAUUUCGUAGGACUUUCUCACGCUCUGAGCGUGCUGGUGUGAGGACCUACGUCAGUACUAUUCGCAUACCUAUCCGAAGAAUCUCUGAUGCAGGUUUGGGAGAGGCAACCUCAAUGGCUCUCCAAUCUAUGAUUAGGCAGAUUAUGACUGGUUUUGGUGAACUUGGCUACCUCAUGGAUUCAGACUCUGAUUCUUCAGAUUCAAACCGUGGAGCCAACACACCUACAGAUCUGGGUGAAGCCCUCAACAACCCAGAUGCUCCUCCUGCUGCUGCUGCUCCUCCUGCUGCUGAUGUUGAUGAACCACCUGUGGCAGCUGGAGUCAGAGCAAGGACAGUUGAGACCGAUAUGGUUGAGGGUCUUGCCACUGGUCCACCUGCCUCAGGUGGCAGGGCUCGACCAAGGCCACCUAUCAGCCUAGAGGAGCCCAGCUCACUGCCCUUCCUGAGGCUUGCCCACUUCUUCCUCCUAAACGAUGACGAUGAGGACCAGCCCCAAGGACUGACUAAAGAGCAGAUUGACAACCUCUCCAUGCGCAACUUUGGUGAGAGUGAUGCCUUGAAGACUUGCAGUGUCUGCAUAACAGAGUAUGCAGAAGGUAACAAGCUACGUAAGCUGCCCUGCUCUCAUGAGUAUCAUGUGCACUGCAUUGAUCGCUGGCUGUCCGAAAACUCCACUUGCCCCAUCUGCCGCCGGGCUGUCCUGGUAUCGGCCAAUCGAGAGAGUGUGGUGUAGCUCAUCACAGACUGGAGGCCUUUUGUCUCACCCUGAAUAAUCUAAUAGCCCAAGUCCAUGAGAGGCUUUUGAGGAAAUGUGUCUCCGCUGUUGAAAUGUAUUUCCUUCAUACCAUUUGUGAGUUUGAUUAUAACGCAGUUGCAGGUUUGGUUGAGGUGCUCCAUACAGUGACAUCGGGACAUAUUCACUCUCUAGUAAUACAUUUAUUAAAGCAGUCCAAAGUUAUACACAAGCAAUGCAUGCUGUUUGAAUCAACCUGUUGUGACCAAGCAGUUUUUUGCACUGCGUCAAGCCAUGCACACAAGCAGACCUGUAUCUAAUAAAGAAUCCCCUGGUUUUCAAUGCUGCACACCCGCAGGUAGUUCAGGCACUUCAAAUCUGCUCUUUUGUAUUAGCUCCUAAAUGGCGCCUUUAUAUACCAUAAGUUGGGUAUUGGUACAAUUCUUAGUUACACCAGUUCAAAGUAUUAGCUGUAAAUAAGCUUGUAAAAAUAAUUUUAAAUCAUACUUUGUAUCACUGAAUUGGUUCUGGAUUGUAAAUGAUCUCAUGAAGAUUAGGGUCGUGUCGGCCACAAUUACUCUAUCAUAGCAUCUCUAAAUUUGGUGUUAAACAAAUAGGUGGUGUCAGUGUACACGGCAGAAUUAUUUAGAGUUUGUGAUGUCCAAAGGAUGUAGGACAUUAAUUGGUUUGCCAUUUACAAUGUGACUUGUACUCUCCUUUUUUUUUUUUGUUCACCUGAAAGGAACAAACUACUACUUUGGAGUGGCAUAUAUGAUGGGAAUUCUCCAUGUGCUGAAUUGUAAAAAAAAAAAAAAAAAAAAACAAUGUUGUACAGUAGUAACGGAACAAUAAAUUCAGCUAGGUUACUUUUGCAAAGCACAAGUUUAUUUUGGAAUCACUGCAUCUUCUUGAUCAUUAAAAUGAUUGAGUCAUCCUCAUACCAGAAAUGAGGGAUGUCUCAAUAUUGGUAGUAGAUAUUGGAGUUGCUGGCAUCUGAAUUUCCCCUCCUCAAAAAUAUUAUACUAACAGGCAUGACAUUUCAGAAAUUUAAAUAUAGUUGCUUUUGCUUUUUUCCCCUAAACAUGUAAAAGGACAUUUACUUCUUAAUGUGCAACAAUUUCAUAGUCAGUUUGUGCUGACUCCCUUAGUUACUGGUCUGAUUCUUAAUUUUGCCACUAACAUAAUGGAUUGCCCUUAUUAAUUGACUGAUGAAUUGAGUUCUCUAAGCUGGUGCUGGCGUAGACUGAAAUGACCAGAAAUUGACCUAAACUGAAAUGUAGACUUGCCUUCUCCACUCCACCUCCGUGUACAAGUGACACGUUAUUAAUCCAAAGGUUCAAGUGUCGGACGUUUACCAAGUCUGAAAAAUCCACAUCGUUGUCCUUCUGUCUCAGUAAGGCUCCCAAGUAGAAAGUCGGGAUGCUCGCCCACUGUGCUCUCCUUCUGCCUCAUGAGCAGAUGCUCUCCAUAUCAGUGUGCAAUACAUGCAAAAGUGAAAGUAGGGGAUUACAAACCAUGAUAUAAAUGUAUGCUAUUCUUAAAAACCGUUGUUAAUGGCUAAAAUCUUAAUGAAGACUUAUUACAUUUUAAAAUGUGUUGAAGUUCAUUUUAUUUUAUUUAGAAGUUCUGUAGGUUUUAAUAGCACUGUUGAUGAACAGGAACACUGGCAGACGGAAGAAAAAGGGCAUCGCUAUUAAUGCCAUCCUGUCAUGUUUCUUGUUUCACUGUUUGAUGUCUUUACCACAAUUAUUACUUCCCUUCGUGGGGACAGAGUCUGAAUGCAAGACGUUGUCAUUGUUGAAAACCAUAAACAUGUAAAUGAAA